AUGAACAUGAGGGACUUCUACAAGAGUCUGUGUUUUUUACUGGGCUUUUUCUCAGUUCAAACGGAGGCAGAAAAAGAAGUGAAUGUAGCAACAUGGGGAACGGCCGAGCUAUCGAUGUUAUAUUCUGACUGGUAUGCCCAAAAAGCUCUGGAUGGGUCAAUCUACACCUGUAGCAGUACUCCGUGGCAAACUGACCCGUGGUGGAGACUGGACCUGAUGAAGACGUACAGUGUGAACAGAGUGACCAUCACUAGCAAACCCGACUGUACCUCAUGUGAAAGCUGGUUAAACGGAGCAGAGAUUCGGGUUGGGAAUGUUUCUUCAAAUGUUUCCAGCAACCCAGUAUGUGCUGUAGUUUCUACUAUUCCAACAGGAGCUACCUACAGCUACUCGUGUCAUGGGAUGGAGGGACGUUAUAUUAUUGUGAAUAAUCCUGGACCUUCAAAGUGUGUUACUCCCUGUGAAGUGGGAGUCUAUGUUAUUUUUCCAGGUAAUUUGGCGACUGGAAGAAACGUCAAACAGUCGUCAACCAAUGGCAGCUGGAUCAGUGAACAGGCCAUUGAUUUCAAUCCAGGAAUCAUAAAACAGUCAUCAGCAUGUUCUUCAACCAAUGUUCAGACUAACCCCUGGUGGAGGGUGGAUCUGAGUUCUGUGUACAGAGUAAGUAGUGUCGUAAUCACAAACAGACUAGACUGCUGUCCUGAACGAAUAAAUGGAGCGGAGAUUCGCAUCGAAAACUCUCUGGAGAACAACGGCAACAACAAUCCCAUAUGCGCUGUGAUUUCUAGCAUUCCAGCUGGUGUUUCCUCCACCUACUUUUGUAACGAUAUGGAGGGUCGAUACGUGAAUCUGAUCAUUCCUGGAGAUUCAAGGUUUCUUACUCUCUGUGAGGUGGAGGUCUAUGGAGAAGGUCCUUUACUGAAGAGAACUUUCCUGAAGAUGAAACUGAAGUCCAGUUGGAGUCUGUCUGAUCCUGCGGUGAGAGUCCAGCUCCUGUCACAGCUCCAGUCUGUUUUGGUGCAACGAGGGUUUUCUGACGUGAAGCUGCAAUGGACUCAACCGCCAGAACAGGAAGUGAUGCGGAAGGAAGCUGACCCAGGUGAUUUAAUGUGCUGUAAGAAAGAGAAGAUGAUGAUGAUGAUGAUGAUGAUGGGGAAACCUAAACUAACAACUCUCUUCGGAUCAGCUUUGAUGUUUCUUUAUUUCUUUGCAUGUGGCUGCCAACCCUAG